AUGGUAAAAUUCUGUCCUCACGACCUCUUCGUAAACACCAGAGCCGAUGUGGGACCGUGUUCCAAGACCCACGACGAAGAAGCAAAAAAACUGUUCCAGGAUGCCAAAAACGGCCACUUUAGAAAAAUCCAAUACCAAGAGAACUUUGUCCGCUUCUGUUCUUCGAUGAUCAAUGAAGUCGAAAAGAAAAUAAUCAAGGGUCGUCAGCGGUUGGCGCUGAGCGGCAAAAACGUCCUGGCAGUGACCAACCCGCAACAAGCCGAGAAAAAUCAAGAGCAAAUUGAAAUUCUCAAUGAGAGAAUCAAUGAGUUGGAAAAGGAGGCUGAACAAGCGGGUACUGGUGGGAAUGUUCAGCAGGCUCAAGGCCUAAUGAAGCUUUGCGAUCAAUUAAAAGAAAAAAGGGGGGCUCUAAAAAAGGCUGAAUUUGGCCAACUCAAUCUUACAACCCAAUUAGCUGUGGAACAAGAAAAACAAAUGGAAGUGUGCGAAGUUUGCGGGGCUUUUUUGAUUGUGUUGCGCCUAUUUUACUCUCCAGAAUGUCCAGGAAUUCGUCUUCCAUGCUCCAUCUUGUCCUGUCUUCGGUUGGUGCGUGUAGAGACAGUAAGAAAUAAUCAUAAAAUGUUCCUUUCAUCCUUAAGUAGCAUAUAG